AUGGGAACCUUCUUUGCAGGCCUGGUGAUUUGCAGCAAGCUCAACAGCUUUGGCUCCGGGUCGACGGCUUGGACCUACUAUGUGGGCAUUGGAGUGUGUUGCCUCUCCAUGGUGGCGUCCGGGAUCGAACUAAUAGUCGUGAGGACGCUGAGCACCCAUCUGAAGAUGAAUGCCCUCGAGGCUAUCAUGAACAUGUCCUUGCCGGCAUCGUUGUUGCUGCUGCUGCCUGUGUUCUUCUUCUCGCACUCAGUAUCCUGGCCUUCAGCGCCUCACAUGACCGAUUGGCAGGUCAUUGAGAAGGUUUGGGCGACCAGCAAGUUGGGAGUGGCGUUGGGUGUUCUAUCUGGCAUCUUCGCUACGCUGUACAAUGUCAUGCUGUACACCCUCAGCUCCAACUUCCAGGCUCACGUUAUCUCCAUGGCUGGCAACUUCAAUAAGGUUGCCUUGAUGUUCCUCUCCAUCUACCUGGGGAUGGAAAUCCUACCUCAUCGUCCAUGGGGAGAGGUGAUGAUUGCUGGAAUUGCUGGAAAUGGGGUCGCCUUCAUGGUGAUGGGAAUGCUCAAGGCCCAGGAGUCCAAGCCAGAGGCUCCGGCCAAGGACAUCAAGGACAUCAAGGACAUCAAGGACAAGCUUGAGAAAUCUGAGAAAGCUGGUCAUUGA